AUGGCACAUAUUGAACCUGGCAAAGCCACGGAUGUGACAGCCACUCCACAGAUUCAUCCUAGUUUGGAAGAAUAUGAACGACUCUUUGGAGUUGACGAAGAUGCCUAUGAGCAGCCAACAACCACCAGGAAGGAGCUCUGGUCAUAUUAUCUCUAUUACAACGGGGACAACGGCGUGGGCCCCGGCUCAUAUAGCCAAGCUCUCUUCCAGUGGGCCCUGAAUGGUGCCGGACACCAGCCAGACACCAACCCACCAAAGUCAUGUACCGAUUCCUCAGCAUGUGUAGUGCCCUGGGCAGGCGGCACGCGAUCUGUAUCCUCGGUAGUUCUCAUCGCCAACGGUCUCUGCUUCACCUUCAUGACUGUGAUCUUUGUAUGGCUGGGAAGUGCCGCAGAUUAUGGCACAUUCGGGCGCUGGUUGCUGCUCUCUUUGACAGUGGUUUGCUGGGCGCUGCAGUAUGGGAUGUUGUCCAUCCGACAUCCGAGCCAGUGGCCAGCGGCUAUGGCAAUGUAUGUGGUGGCAUAUAUCGCUUACGGCGCGACCCUGGUCUUCUAUGCAGCGGUCUUCCCCCGUCUCGCGCGCUACACUCCACACGUGCGUAGGGCGCGAGAGGAAGAAUUGCGAGAGGGAAAAAUCACUCAAGAAGAAUAUGACGCCAUUGAGUCUUUGGAGAGGAAUCAUAUCAGCAACAUAUCAACGGCACACAGCAACAUCGGAUACUUACUCACGCUCGUUCUCAACUUGAGUGUGUUGCUACCACUCAAAGAGAAUAGUUUCUCAAACAACUUGGCAUUGUGUCUUACCAAUUCAUACUGGGUCUUGCUGGGUAUCUGGUGGUUCAUCUUCCAACAGAAACGCCCAGGUCCUAAGAUACCCAAAGGAUCGAGCUACAUGACCAUUGGGUUCAAGCAGAUUUGGUUGGCAAUUCGAGAGAUCAGGUCUCUGCCACAAACAUUUUUGUACUUUUUCGCCUAUUUUCUUCUUGCUGAUGGGCUGAACACAACGGGUACUCUCGUGACUAUCAUCCAAAAUGACUCCGCUGCCUGCUCGAUUACGUCUACAUUCGGAUUCUGGUAUAUUCAACGCUAUUUCAAGUUCAAGACAAAGACUAUGUUCUUGUUUACGAACUUCUUCAGUGUUCUCAUUCCUUUCUGGGGUAUGCUAGGUCUAUGGACCAAUCGCAUCGGAUAUCAUAAUCGGUGGGAAUUCUACUUCUACAAUAUCAUCUUCGGUCUUUUCCAAGCCCCAUACUAUGCAUACGCCCAAACAAUGAUUAGUGAGCUCAUGCCACGGGGUUACGACAAUAUGUUCUUUGCACUAUUCGGCAUCACCAAUCGCGCAUCUUCGAUCAUCGGGCCGAAUGUCAUUCAGGCAAUCAUCAACAACACUCGCAAUAGCUGGAUGGGCUUUCCCUUCUUGUUCGCUAUCUGCUUUGGGGCUAUGAUCGCUAUCGCCUUUGUGGACGUGAAGAAGGGACGUGCAGAUUGCCGAAAAUUCACUGAACAACGCAAGGUGGAUCGCGUUUCAGCAGAGAGCGGGUUGGAUGCAAAUGAUCUCGCUAAAGGGAUACAGUCUGGUGGUAACAGAGAGAUUGCCACGGCGACAGCCUUGGAAGCUGACGUGCAAAGUGUUCAGCGAGGAAGCAGUGUCCCUGUUGAUAGGCCCUAA